CACAGCUGAGGUGAUGCUCAGACGCACCAAAUUAUAGAGCUGCGUUUUGUGCUCAGACUUUGUCUCACAGUUACUUUCGGUUUACGUAAGCAGUGCUGUUCUGCCUUGGAGAGAGAAAGUAGAAAGAAGUCCGCAGCUGUCAUUAGAUUCCAUAAUCAGCUCUAUUGACAGCAGGUGUGAAUUCAUGUCUGUAUUUCCCCAGCAGAUAUAUACUGCCCAGUGUUGUGCUCGGCCAAAAUAUGACUGAGGUGAUGAUCAACAGCUCCCCCAUGGAGGAUAUGAGGCUCAGCCCGAGCAAGGACAGACUCUCCUUCCAGAUAUUCCCAGACCCCUCAGACUUUGACCGUUGCUGUAAGCUCAAGGAUCGGCUCCCAUCCAUCGUGGUUGAGCCUACCGAGGGAGAAGUCGAGAGUGGGGAGCUUCGCUGGCCUCCAGAGGAGUUUCUGGUCAGUGAAGAGGAGGAGGAGGAAGAAGAGGAGGAGCGGGAUAAUGGCAGCAUCCAAAAUGGACAGCCAACACAGAAUUCUCAGCACUAGAGGCUGUGUUGCAGCACCCAUACUCGAUUGUUCCCGCCCAUUGCCACACUGGUUACACUGCACCUCAGCACUCAAACAACCUGGCAGACACACAUUCAGUGUCUCGUGAUGCCAUCUCGUUGCCCUCGAACCCAAAGCAUCGCACACAAUACACACAGGCAACACUUUCUCACACAAUUUAUUCUCCUUGACUGCAAACCCGCUAAAUCGCACUCCUCACAAAAGAACAGACGAGCACACCUCCAACCUACACAUAGUUCCUACCAUGCCUACCACCGUGUGUGUCUCAGCCCAGAACGGAUGUCCUGUUGGGACAGCGGCAGCUCACUGCUCCAUGGACAGUUCUUACACUGCAGUGGGCUACAACUGCUCUGUACUUUACUCCAAAAUGGCUGGCAUCAUGACCCCAGAGACUUGAUACUCUCAUACAGAACUAUUGUGGUACCCGUGGGGCUUAUGUCUGCAGUAACACUGUCCAUACCUUCUUAGUUUCUGGAUUGAUAUGUUGAUUAUUGUAAUUGCCACUGCUGUCCAUAGAUUUUGUCUUUCUGAGAAGUGAAUGUUUUGUGAUUUUUGUCUGAAAUGGGUGUUUGUGUAAAAUGUUAUCGGGAUUUUCCCCUCCCCUCUUCGUCUAAAAGAUUUUGUGACUUGUGUCAGGCAUUCACAGUACAACAAAACUAAAAGGCAACCUGGAAUUUUUUUUUUUUUUUUUUAAUAAGAAGUGAGCAGGAAAGUGAAAAAAUAAACCAACAUGCCCUGCUAAUGCAAUAAAUUGUACAAAGCCUUUUUGUGCACUGAGGGUGCAGUCACGCUAGGACUCCUGUGAGCCUUUUGACAAACCGUACUUGGAUGACAAAUCAGAAUAGUACAACAUUGAGAACAAAAUCUGACGCAAGCAGGUUUAUUGUUCAAAAGGGCAAAGCUGAGUACUGCAAAUUGUAAUUUUAAAAAAAGCAGUUAAUGAAGCAAUGUACAGACCCAAUGAAGGAUGUGUAAAUACUUGUUCCCAAUGAGCCAACCCCUGAGGCCAUGUAGUGUGCUGAUCUGGUUUGUAUGAUGGGUUUGUUUUUCUUUUAGACUGAGAAUCAUUUUGAGCUGUACACUCCUGAACUGAAAGUUGUUCCUAGUCUUCCUUUUUCUUUAUGGAAACAGCCAUACUGUUAAAGUUCAGGUCGCAGAAAAUUAACUGUGGGACAGAGUUCGCAAAUAAGUAAAGUUAUAUCUGACAGUAUUAAAUUCUGUUAAUUUUGUUUUUUAAAGUCUGGUUUGCCAAAAAGUGGUUGAUGGGAAGUCUUUUAUUCUUUGGUAGUAAUGUCUGGUAUUUGUUCUGCGAUUUCAGAAGUGUGGUGUGUGUGGUAUAUUUUUUUUUUUCUCACUUUUUAAAAUCACCACUUAUAGUUUGUGAAACAAGUCUUGUCAUUUGUAGAAAAUAUUUCACAUUUGUGCACACUAUGAAAUCCUGUUGUACAAGCAUGAUUGAGAAGAUUUGUUUUUGUAACUUCUGAUUUGAGUGGCAUUAGGGCUGUGUACAGAACAUCUCUCUCUUUCUCCUGUCUGUAACCUACAGGUCCCACAUUGUUUUUGUAAAGCUCAGGGAGAUUAGCCGCCAUCUUUCUUUUGUUUUGUUUUGUAUUUAGACCACUUUUCUCUGACAAUUACAGAGGCUGUAAAUAAACCUUUGAAUUUGCUAUCCGAC